GCCGGCUCGGUUUCGGCCAUGAAAAUCCUGUCUUUGUCCCGACGUUGAAUCCUCACUUUGAUGGUUUUCGUUGCAUUGCUCUUGGGGGUCUGCAUUCCGUUGCGCUCAACUCCCUUGGGCAGGUUUUAACUUGGGGUUACGGUGGUUUUGGUGCGCUUGGUCACUCUGUUUAUCACAGAGAACUGACCCCUAGACUGGUAGAAGGCUCGUGGAGAGGUAGAAUAACGCACAUUGCAACUAGUGGGGCGCAUACUGCAGCUAUCACGGAAUCAGGUGAACUCUAUACUUGGGGCCGAGAUGAAGGUGAUGGUAGAUUGGGUCUGGGUCCUGGUCGAGGCCCAAAUGAGGGAGGGGGACUGAGUAUUCCUUUCAGAGUGAAAGCAUUGCCUGGACCUGUAGCUGCAGUGACUUGUGGUGGUUUCUUCACAAUGGCUCUAGGAGUGAAUGGGAAGCUUUGGAAUUGGGGAGCAAACACGAACUUUGAGCUUGGUAGAGGGAAUAAGAUUGGUGGCUGGGAACCAAAACCCAUUCCUUGUCUUGAAGAUACUCCCAUCAUUCAGAUAGCUAGUGGCGGAUACCACUCGCUUGCAUUAACUGGUGAUGGGAAAGUACUUUCCUGGGGUUAUGGUGGGCAUGGUCAAUUGGGCCAUUCUUCAAUACAAAAUGAAAAAAUACCAAGAGUUAUUGAUGCUCUAGCUGACCAGCGAGUGAUCUAUAUUUCCUGUGGUGGUUCCUCUUCAGCAGCUAUAACAGCUGAGGGAAAAUUGUACAUGUGGGGAAAUGCCAAGGAUUCUCAAUUGGGUGUUCCUGGGCUGCCAGAGGCACAACCAUGUCCUGUGGAAGUCAAAUUUCUAGACGAAGAUGAUGGAUUGGGUUCCUACCAUGUUUUAUCAGUUGCAGUUGGCGCAUCUCAUGCAAUGUGCUUAGUUCUAAGGAGAAAACAGGAUGUAAAAUUUUGAUGCGGUUGUGAAUCUGAGAAAAUUUUGCAAAUAAGUAGAAACAUAUGGCUAUGUACUGUUACAACUUACAAGGUCGCCUUGGAGCUUGAACUGCAAGAACUGCUGCCGCUCAGCAUCUUUCAAGUUGGAUGAUCACUUUUGAAUAAAACAAUCACCUGUAUUCCCAUCGGACCAGAUAAUCUGUUACACACACAGAUGACAGAACAUUCAGAAAACACCAUAGACAGACCAUCUUUAGUUUUAGUCUUCACAUAUGUCACUUUUCUUUAAAAAAGAUUUAUAAAGUAGUCAUUUGUUAGAUCACGCUAUUAAGUAUCAAUUGUGAUUUCUCCUCAUGAUAUUCGAGAUCUCUCUCCGUACCUUAUUGCUCAACAUGAGAGAUUCAGUCUUUAAGAAACAACCCACCAACCAAAUCCAAAUCUUCACCUAACCAAAGGAGGACAUGCUUAACUCUCGUUGAAUAAUGUGCAUUCUACAUUAUUGGCAUCACUGUAUGUCACACACUUGAAGUUAAACACAGCACAUUUAUCUUCAAGGAGGCUUUUCUGAAACGUGUCAAUGAUGUUCUCUUUAGGCCUCUUUCAAUUAUUUGGUCAAGAUUGCACUGAUGAAUUUUACAGGGUUCCAACAUGUGGUACCAUGGAUGGCUAUAUGCAACCCAACUGCAUGAUGGGCUGUGGUUAAGGCAGACAGGUCAGUGUGGUCCUCUUGAUUAUUUAUUCAGCAACCAAAAAAGGGGUUCAAAAAAGUGCAAAUGUUUCGUAGGUUCAAAGAUGUAGACCAAACCUGGCAGCAGAAGCAGAAAGAGGAACAAGAUUAUGCUUAAAGAAACAGCUUUUAAGAUUGGUAUGUCAGUGAGUGCGCACUCAAGGUCAAGGCCAAGGCCACGGCCUUCUCCUCCUCUGUGUGUUAUGGGAGUCAUGCGUGUAAAGCUAAGUGUGAAGGUAUCUGCAUUUCCUGCCCUUUUUUCUUUUCAGACUAUGAUAUUGUGUGCUGCAAAUAUUACUUGAAAAUUCUAUGUUGCAGUGUCUUUUCUCUUUCUGUUCCUUGACCCCACCAUAGAAUUCUAUCAUCUUUUUUCUUAUUUUCUUUUUGGGUACUGUUAGUAAUCUGUGGUGCAUUGCCAAACUCAGUAUGUUUCUAGUUGGUUUGGCUAGCUAGCUGAGGAAGGCUGGUUUUGUUCU